AUGUUGACUAGUAAAGUGUGUAAAGAGUUUGAUACUUUUUGGAAGAUUUUUCCCGAUGAUUUAACUAAAUCUGGAGAAUAUGAUUUUAAAGUUGAGGCGCUAAAUAACUACUGCCCUAAAAAAAUCUGUGAAGGUGAUAUCAAUAAGAUUCAUGCUGGAUGUUUAUGGUUAUUUAAUAAAUUUUAUGGGAAUAGUAAUAAUUUUUCAAGUAAUGCAAAUGGAAAUAUGAAUAUUGUUACAUACAUUAUGACAUGGAUAAGUUAUAAGUUAAAUCAAAAAAAACAAGACGGAAUUACCACAUUUAACGAUUUUUAUAGUAAGCAUAUGCAAAAUGUCGAGGAGUAUAAAAACAAUAUAUAUGGUGUUACGGGGUAUCAAAAUUAUAUUGAUCUUAUAAAUAAAAAAGAAAAAUUGAUGGACAUUGAUAUUAGUGAUAUGUCUAAAUUUUAUAGUUUAUUUAAAAAAUCAUGCAAUAUGUUUAAUAACGCUGGUAAACAAGGCGUUGGAAAAACACAUUUCGAAUAUACUAAAGAGUUUGUUGCUGAACAUCAAAAACUCAAUAAUAAUAUUGGUACUGAAGACAGUUCAUAUAGUAAAAUAUUUUCUACAUUAUCAAGUGAUUAUUCUGUUUUGCAAAAAAGCGACGUCAUUGGUACAUCAUUAAAUUUUCCUUCAUUAUCAACAGAAAAAACAGCUGAAAAUGUUGUUGCAUCAAAUUAUAAAGAAACAAAAAUAGUUUUCUCGAGUGAAACGGUAGAAUCGAGUUCUAAAACUAAAGUAUCAUAUUCUGAUAUAAUAUCACCAAUCUUAUCACUAUUAAAUAAAUUAAUUCCAAUUCCACUUAUAUUUGUUGCAGCAUUAAUUUUAUUAGGAAUUGCAUAUAAGUAUUCGUUAUUUGGAUUUUGGAAACUAGAUCAAAAACAAUAUUUAAGAAAACAGCUAAAAAAAAAAAGAAAAGAUUGGAUCAUUAAUAUAUGA